CGGCGGGCCGCUGAGAGGCCUGUGAGGUGGAGGGCGAGCACGGCGAGCGCAGGUGCUUCCGCGGGGCUUGGGACGAGAGAGGCCGGGAGGUGCGCGCUCCCACCCGCGGGGUUCGGGGACUCCGGAGAAGGCUGACAGGUACUGGUACCUUUUCUGGACUCUAUACUUGGGCAUUGUUGGUGACUGGAGUCUUGGGGAGCACCUGCUGGGUCAGUGCCGGCCCUCCCCUGAGAACCUGAUUCCCUGCUGCAGAGAAAAGCAGCAGCCAGGCUCAGACAGCCCAGGAAUGCACCAUGCCCAUAGUCGAUAAGCUGAAGGAGGCUCUCAAGCCUGGCCGCAAGGACUCAGCAGAGGAUGGGGACCUGGGCAAGCUGCUGGCUGCCUCUGCCAAGAAGGUCCUUCUGCAGAGGAUUGAGUUUGAACCUGCCAGCAAGAGCUUUUCCUUCCAGCUGGAGUCCUUGAAGAGCAAAUACGUGCUGUUGAACUCCAGGGCCGAGGGAGCUAGUCACCACAAGAGCAGAGAUGAGCUGCAGGCCAGGAAACCAGGCACCGAGCGUGUGUCUGGAAGUGGAGGCGAUGGAGUCCCUGCCCCACAGAAAGUGCUCUUCCCUAUGGAAAGACUAUCGCUAAGGUGGGAGCGUGUCUUCCGUGUUGGUGCAGGGCUGCACAACCUGGGUAACACCUGCUUCCUGAACUCCACCAUUCAGUGCUUAACCUACACGCCGCCUCUGGCCAACUACCUGCUCUCCAAGGAGCACGCCCGGAGCUGUCACCAAGGGAGCUUCUGCAUGCUGUGCGUCAUGCAAAACCACAUGGUCCAGGCCUUUGCCAACAGCGGCAACGCCAUCAAGCCUGUGUCCUUCAUCAGAGACCUGAAAAAGAUCGCCCGGCACUUCCGCUUCGGGAACCAGGAGGAUGCGCACGAAUUCCUGCGGUAUACCAUCGAUGCCAUGCAGAAAGCCUGCCUGAACGGCUGUGCUAAGUUGGAUCGGCAGACACAGGCUACUACCCUGGUGCAUCAGAUCUUUGGAGGCUAUCUCAGGUCCCGAGUGAAGUGCUCCGUGUGCAAGAGCGUCUCCGACACAUACGACCCCUACUUGGACAUAGCCCUGGAGAUUCGGCAAGCUGCAAAUAUCGUGCGCGCACUGGAACUUUUUGUGAAACCAGAUGUCCUGAGUGGAGAGAACGCCUAUAUGUGUGCUAAGUGUAAGAAGAAGGUUCCAGCCAGCAAGCGCUUCACCAUCCAUAGAACAUCCAAUGUCCUAACUCUGUCACUCAAGCGCUUUGCCAACUUUAGUGGGGGCAAGAUCACUAAGGACGUUGGCUAUCCUGAGUUCCUGAACAUACGCCCAUACAUGUCUCAGAGCAGUGGUGACCCUGUCAUGUAUGGGCUCUAUGCUGUCCUGGUGCACUCGGGCUACAGCUGCCAUGCUGGGCACUACUACUGCUACGUGAAGGCUAGCAAUGGACAGUGGUACCAGAUGAAUGACUCCUUGGUCCAUUCCAGCAACGUCAAGGUGGUUCUGAAUCAGCAGGCCUACGUGCUCUUCUACCUACGAAUUCCAGGCUCUAAGAAAAGUCCUGAGGGCCCUGUCUGCAGGGUGGGUUCCACUCUUCCUAGUCGUCCUAGUGUCAUUCCAGAUCACUCCAAGAAGAACCCUGGCAAUGGGGUCGUUUCCUCCCCGCUGAUGGCAAAGCGACAAGACUCUGUGAUGAGAAGACUGCAGUCCCCUGAGGAGGUUGGUGCGCCUGUGUCCAGGAAUGGCUCCAUGCCAGGUCUGAAGCUACAGAACGGAUGUGUUCCUGCAAAGGCACCUGCUGGGUCCCCUUCCCCAAGACUCACCCCAACACCCACACACAUGCCCACCAUUCUGGAUGAGCCUGGAAAGAAGGUGAAGAAGCCAGCUCCCCCGCAGUCCCUCACCACACCCCCCACCACUUCUCAGGGCUCUCCUGGGACCAGCGAAUCCAGGAACCAGCGGCCUGGCUCCUGGGCCAGCAGGGAUACCAUCUUCUCUACCUCACCAAAGCUCCUGGCCAAAGCCUUUGCCAAUGGGCCCAGGCUGACGGGGGAAGGCAAUGGUGUGGGCCUGGAGAAGGGGGCUUCGAGUGGCUUGAGCCCUGAGCACCCUGCCAGCCGUGGCCCUGCCAAGGCCCCACAGACCACGGAGGGCAGAGCUGCGCAUUUCUGUGAUUCUCAGGGAACAGACUGCCCCACCGCCGGCCCUUCCAAAGCUCUGCUGAAUGGCGUAGAUCCCAAGAUAGUGAAGCUGAAGUCCCCUGCCCUGAGCAGCACCGCCACUGAGCCCACAAGCCUCAUGUCUCCCCCACCAGCCAAAAAACUGGCCCUGUCGGCCAAGAAGGCCAGCACCCUGUGGAGGGCGACCGGCAAUGACAUCCGUUCACCUCCCCCCUCAGCAUUCUCCGACCUCACCUACCCCAUGAAAGCCACACACCCCGUCGUUGCCUCCACUGGGCCUGUCAGUAAAACCAGGGCUGUUACACCUGCUCCCCGACCGUCUACUCUCCUGAAGCAUUCCAUCCACCCCCACUCUGCAUCACUGUCCAGUAGUAGCGCCAAGCCCUUAGGGACAUCAGAGCCACAGAGCUGCCGCUCCUCUGCCUCGAUGCCCCUGCCUCAGGUCAAUGGGCACGUCGUGUCCCACUUACACCAGCCACCAGAGGCCAUCAAGGCCCUGCACAGCCCCUCCAGAAAGAGGAAAAAGACCCCUAAUGGAGAUUCCCAGAGACUGGGCAUAGAUACACACCUCCCACAGUGCCUCGAGGGAGCACCUGCAGCAGCACGCAGGAAGAGGAAGAAAAAGAAGAAGUGCCUGGAGGAUGUGGCUCACACAGCUCCCCAGCAGGAAGGCCCGUCCCAGGACCAGCCUUCCAGUCCCAGGGGCCGGAAGGAAGAGGGUACACAUCCCCAGGUAAAUGGCCAUCAAGUGAGUCACAUCCUGGACAGUCACCAUGUGAGCAGCAAGAAAAGGAGGAAGAGGAAGAGAUCAGAGGGACUUAGCCAAGAAGCCACCCUGACCCAGAACAUUCUACAGCAUGGCUGCUCCCCUGCAGACCACUAUGAAACUGAAGUCAGGACAGACUUGCAGAGGAAGAAGAAGAGGAGGAAAAGAAAACACGAGUCACAGCAGGAGGAAGAAGAAAACGAGCACCCAGAAGGCCAGAGGAGCCCGAGGCCCAGUGUCACGUCAUCCCCUGAGUUGAGAGUGAAUGGCCAUCUUUCUAGUGACCGCCUGGGGCUGGGACAAGCACCUCUUGUUGCCUGGAACAGAGAUCAAGAACCCGAUGUGGUUCAGGAGUUGCUCCAGGACUCGUCUGAUAAGGCUUAUGGGAAAAAAGUUUUGACCUGGGAUGGUGAGCCUUCAGCGGUCAGUCAGGAUGCCAUCAAAGACAGCCGUUUGGCCCGGACCCAGACUGUGCUUGACGACUGGGAUGAGGAGUUCGAUCGCGGGAAGGAAAAGAAAAUUAAAAAGUUCAAGAGAGAAAAGAAGAGAAACGUCAAUGCCUUCCAGAAGCUCCAGAGUAGACGGAACUUCUGGUCUGUGACUCAUCCUGCUAAAGUUGCCAGCCUCAGCUAUCGCCGCUGAGCUUGCUGAGUUUGUCAGAGGUGUGACUGACCCAGGGAUGUCAUAGGAUUGUCGUGGUCUCUCUUCUCACCAGGAAGACCAGUGUGCCUGCGCCACUGCACCCCAGAGCUGUCACGUCACAUCCUGGGAACUGUCCACUUGGAUCUGAGGAGCAGCCUUGUGUAGGCUCCACUGCACUGUGAACCUGCCAUGGCAGAGACUCCUGGUGCCACUGUUCACAGACAUCCAAUGUAGAAGCCCUGGGGCUUCAGCUCAGGGCCUCUGGUGGCAUUCAUAAUGAACCUCACAAGAGAAAGCCUGGCCUGUGGUAUCAUGCUGACAGUAACCUAGGAGACAUCCUCAUAGACCCUGGGGUCUAGGUAGGAAAACCCCUCUGUUACUGGUCUGGGGCUGUCAGAGACAAGAGACUGGGGCCAGCAUCUCCCAGCAUGGCCUUCACUCAGGAUGGUGGCAUGUUAGUGCCUCUUCUGGUGAGCCCUCCUUUGCUCUCCUGCUGGAGCUGUCUUGUGGGCCUCUCCUCAGAGGGGCCUCUGUAUGACUGACUGUCAGCUGCAGUGAGGAGGAACCCCUGGUGACUGUGUUGUCCCCCACUGCCAAGUGCAUCUCCUCAAAAGGACUCCACACCUUCUAGAGAUCAGCAGCUGCAGACACAGGAGGCCUUGAACUCUGUGCCUCUGCUUCUAAGGCUGCUGUCCCUGCCCAGGUGGCUUUGAUGAGCUUCUCCUGCAUCUGCACUAACCUGCCGGUCUCUGUCAAGGUGGUGGUCUUUGGAGAUGAAUUCUCCGUUAUUUUACUACUUAUGAUAAAGCAUUUAUUUUUGACCAGGCCUGUGGCUUCCAGUAGCAAUAUGUUUCCCUGAUAUGCAAAUACUGGCUUUAUUUGCUCAAUUUUCUGAGUGCUUUGAAAUUGAGAUGAUUGUACGACUCACAGUCCUUUCCUGUCUUGCUCAAACUGUCCUUGCAGACUUAGGAUUUAACAAACAAGACUCCUUAGUGAGGGUGGUGUUUCCAAGGGAAGACAGAACAGCACCCAGGAGAUGGAAGGUUCCAGAAGGUUCUUCCUCAUGAGGCGCCUCUCUUGUUUCCCAGAGUCUAGGCUGCUCUGGGCUGGCCUCCUCAGUCUGGGCCUCUUGGGAGGGGAGGGACUGCCUUGUCAAUUCCACACAUAGCAUUUUAUCCAGGGGCCCAAUCAGGGCCUCACUUGCUGCAGAUGUGGAAAAAGUUUUGUUCUCUGUGUGGAGGGGUAAGGUCAUGUUUCCAUGUGGGUGUUUGUUUCCCUCCCUUCAUUUCUAAAGGGAGGGAGCAGCAGUUCCAUGGUGGAUCUGCUGGCUGAGUCUUCCAGCUGAAUGUGAUCAGUGUUGGGUGGGCCGGGUUCUGGAUAUGCAGGCGCCAUGUCUUGGAGGGAGGCAGGCACCUUCAUGGGCAGGGAUUGUCGUUUGCUCCUGUAUCAGUUAUUUCCUGUGACAUUCUCUAGUUGUGUAGAAGCUGAUGUGUCCCUCAUGUCUCCUCUACAUUGGUUUCUUCCUUUGUCUACUAGAGUAUCCAUUGCAAAAUCUCUUCCACUGUGUCUUGAGUAGCAUGGUUCCCCCAACUGACAUCCUGACUUCUAUGUAUUGCUGCCAGUGGAGGCAAGUCCUUUCCUUCCUUAGAAGUCAUUAGAAACAGGCUAGGGGUAGAAUAGGGCCCGGAGAAAUCAUCAAAGGUCUAGGUGACAUGUACUGACAUAAAUAACUGAAGCUUUUCUAAAAGUGGCCGUUUGGUUGGAUCAUCACAUCAGUUUGAACUCUGUGCUUGGCAGUAGAUGUGCAGAGGGCCACCUCCCUGGUGUUUCUGUUCUCGCUCACCUGCCUGUCGCUAGGGGGCUGUUCUCAUCCUAAUCCUUGUGUGGCUGCAUCUGUAUGUGUACAGGGGUCCCCACACUCUCCAUUUCCUCUUCAGGAGCCCCCAGAUAGUGCCAAGAUCUUGGUGCAAUAAAGCAAUGCAUUUGGGUUUUU